AUGGGAGCUGUCGAGCAAGCGAUAGAUGCCGCUGCAAACUUCGUCGGGCCCUUCGUAGACGCGGACGCGAAAAACGGUACGCAACGUAGUGGCGAAAAAAACUACGACACUGUCGCGCUGGUCCGUCAGGCUAUAGAACACCUGCAGGCUAUCAACACCGCAGACUUGGCCGCAGAUCCCGACGCCCCCUACGAUGUUUCUCUUGCCGGUGUUGUAUAUGGAUUGCUAGAUCUUACUAUAUCACUCGGGAUCCUCCCAUAUCUCUCCUCGGGUGUUGCGUUCAGUCAGCGCCCUCGAUCCGUCCUGGUGGCAACAUUCACGGUGUCUUCGCGUCAACAUGAAGGGCUCUUAUCAGAGACUCUAUCAUCACUGCUUUCUAUACUGAGACAAAGGGAAGGAACGGGCCUGCAGCCUCUCAUCGCUCAGCGAUCACUUCCUGACAUCAUCUCUGCCCUCGCAGAACUUGCGUUUGCCCCCCAGCGUACUCAGCAAUCUCACUCCAUAUUCGAGCCAGCUUACAACGAUCUGCUUGCUUGUAGUCCGAUCUCGCGCCUGCUGCCACUACUCACAACUUUUCUCCAGCAACCGCUCCCAGCAUGGCUGAAGCCCCGGAUGGCAGCAGAGCUUGCAGCGGUUCCUACCCGCCCUCAUGGGGUCCGACAUGUUAUCGAGUUCCUCUCGAUCUCAUAUCUGUCCAAAAAUACGCAGAUCCCAAGGGAUGCGUCUGGUCCACAGUCACGGGUUCCGAUACCCUUGGAGGCUGUGACCCAGGCUUCCAAAUUGCUGGUCUCGCCGCCAAGAGAAACAAAUCAAGAUGAGUGGAUUCGACAACUAGCACCCCAGCUUUGGAGUCUUCUAGAUGGAGACGAAGGGAGAGAAUUAAGCAGAGCUGCAGGCCAAAUUAUCGCAGGGGGAAUCCUCUGUAAGAAAGCCACUGGUGCACCGGGCACUGUUGGAUGGAAGCUUUUCGCGCAGCCAAUCCUUGAAAUCAUUUCCCCUGAAGGCACUGCAACAGCGGUGUCGCGAAACAGCACCCAAGACCGAGUCGUUGUACCCGACCAAGACUUGCUGUUGGGUUUGCAGAGGCUUUCAGUCAUCACAACAUCGUACUCACAUGCGGGUCUCAUCAGUAGACUUGUCGGCCCUGUUCUGCUUCCGCUUUGGGCAUUGCUCAACUAUGCUCGAUCGAAGCGGUCGCUCGACAAAGUUUGGGGUGAUCUACCACGUCGCAUAAUAUCUAGAUAUAUAACUGUUGCAUGCGACCCGAAGCAGAUGGACAGGGUUGCUACCAACCUGUUCUGGGAUGGAAAUUCUGACUGGACUUUUGGGCCAGGCACAAAGGGUGGCAUUGAAAUUCGAAUGCGACAAGAUGUAGGUGCCGGUGGCGCUGGAGAGAUCGAUGCUAUCCUCUCACACAUCGGCGACCUUACGGGACGGGUCGAUCUUCUCGUCACACUACUUGCAGAUGCUGGGGUUUCGGACGAUAUCGCAGGGCUCAUCUUCCUCCAGGUGACAAAGCGCUGGUUGUGUCCCAAUCAGAACAGCAAGGCGACAGUGCUUCUUGAAACCGAGCACGAUCCACUCAGUGCCUUCACAGACGCAAAGCUGUCAGAAGCAUUGGCCUCGAAAUUCAAAGACAGCUUUGCAAGGUCGCCACAGCAAAUCAUUGAGCUUGUGAGUCAAAUACUUCAGAACUACACCUCCGAUCACCGCGUCAAGUUCGAACAGCGGUCAAAGUCCCACAAGCCAAGUAGAGCAAAUUUGGGCAGCAUAGUCACGGCCAAGUCAGGACCUGGAGAUAAAGCCAGCAAAGGCGACACAGCAGACGAGGACCUCGUUUCCUUUGCCAUAAGCAUCCUCAACACGCUGGUAGCAGCGCCUGACUUUGAGCGAAUCUGUUUGAACGAUGCUCUGCUUUUGCAGGUUACUGGGCACUUGCAGUACUUGGUGCAUCAUUCGCACGAAGGGCUGGUCUCGCCCGUCAUUGUGAAUUCAGCGAGCAGCCUCUUGCAACUGCUCACAUCUACAGCGCCAAGCUCAGAUCCAAGCCGAGCCAAUGUCGACGCUCUGGCCGAACACCGCAUUGUGCUGAAAGAAGCGCUACAAGAGCUCACCUCGCCUGAAGCACCAAACCGCACCUGGGGGCUCUCUACGCUUCUCAAGGUUAUUCAAAACACAUACUCUUUUCCCGUCAUCGACGUUCCCUUGACAACCUACCUUGUGCUAUCCGCCUCGCUUGCCGAUGCAGAAUCUUACGUUCACACCGCUGCCAUGCCCGUCCUCGUCGCUCUUGCCCUCCGCACCCCACACCCCGUGAUCAACAUCUUGGUGGAGGCACUCCUCGAUGUCGACGAGCGCAGUUUCAAGUUGUCGAAAGGGCGCAUGACAGAAGAGAAGGAGCAAGCACUCCAAGAAGCACUCGACUACCGCCUCCGCGUGGGUGAAGUGCUGAACAGCGUGAUCCUCGACAACGACUUCUGGCAAAGCAGCUCGGAUAGGGAGAUCAAGCACACAAGCUUGCAACGAAUCGCGUCGGCGUGUCUAUCUAUAGCCUCACGCAGGGGCCAAAGGCAAAAGACGCAAAGCUUGCGGCAGGCCAUUUCUCUGCAGAUUGUGCAGCAGCAGGAAGAAGAAGAGGCGGCCUGGGGCGGUCCGGUGCCCAAUGUUUUUGAAGCCGACGAAAAAACCUGGGCUGCUGACCGUUCCGACUAUGAAGCGUUGAGCAAGAUUGUCAAGGGAUGGGAAGGCAAAGGUAUGGAAGAGGAUGUGCGUAUACGAGCGAGCGCGAUGAGUAUACUUGGCACGAUAUUCGAGAAGAGAAUGCAAUUUGUGGGACAAGCGACAAUUGAUGCGGGAUUGCAGAUUGUGCUGUUGAUCCUAACCAUGGAGACGGCUGAGGCAUUCUUCCUCUUGCGACGUGCGGCGGUCCUGGUUGUUAUGGGGCUUCUGCGGGCGCUGGAUGAGCAAUUGGGUGCUGGGAGGCACAGCGACGUGGGUCUUGGUGUGAGGCAGCAGGACGAGGUGGAGAGGGUGCUGAGAUGGACAAAGGACGGGGAUGGGGAUGAGCUUGUGAGAGACCAUGCAGAGAGUGUGAUGGAGGGGUUGGAGACGCUGCAGAUGAAGAAGUUGUAUAGGAUGAGAGACGAGGGCGUGAGGUUGGGUCCAGAUCUCGGGCUGGAGGGUGGGCUGAGAGGUCUCACGGUGAGGCCCGAGGUGGGGGGCAGGCAGGAGAGACAGGGCAGGGCGAGGAUGGUUGUGGAAGAGAUGGAAUAG